AUGGCUGAUCCUGAACUAGAAGCUAUUAGACAGAGGAGAAUGCAAGAGCUGAUGGCUCGACAUGGCACGGGGAAGCAGGGCAAUCAGCAGAAUCCAGAGCAAGAGAAUGCACAGGAGGAUGCUAAAAGGGAAGCUGAUGAACGUAGACAAAUGAUGCUUAGUCAAAUAUUGUCUUCCCAAGCCCGAGAGAGGAUUGCUCGAAUUGCCCUGGUGAAACCUGAGAAAGCUAGAGGCGUAGAGGAUGUUAUUUUGAGGGCUGCUCAAAUGGGACAGAUAGUUGAGAAGGUUUCUGAGGAGAGGCUUAUAACGCUGUUGGAACAAAUAAACAGCCAAACUACCAAACAAACGAAAGUCACCAUCCAGAGGCGCCGAGAUGUGGACGAAGAUUAG